AUAGCUCACUUUGUUUGUGUUUUCCCUCCGCGGUGCCUUUCGGUCGGAGUAGGAGUGGAUGAUAUCAACAGAGCUUCUACCUCCGCGAUAGGCUACUAUGGACUAGAGCGGAGGGCUUUAGAGGACACGCGCAUCACGACGUGACAGAGCAGCGCGAGGGACUUAUUUUUUUAUUUGGUUCAGUAUUUUCUUUCUUUAUUGGAGGGUACGACGCGAUUUUAUUUUGUAUUUUGUAAAGGCACAAAGAAGAGAUCUGUAUUGCGGAGCAGCGGGACGGAGGACGCUCCAGCUGGCCGGACUCGCGUUAAGUUUGGACGGAUUUGACGGCACAGGUGUGUUGAAGGAUUACAGACGUUUGGCGGAUGGUGGUCGGAGAGGAGUCGCUGCCUCUGCGCAAGUCUCAGAUGAAGAUGAAGUCUGCGGCCGUCGUGGAUGGAGGCUUGUUCACAGAGAGCUAUUGUAACAUCUGUAAUGCCCAGCUCAUCUCCGAGUCCCAGCGCACCGCUCACUAUGAGAGUAAGAAGCAUGCCAACAAGGUGCGUCUGUUCUACAUGCUUCACCCCGAAGAUGGAGGACCACCUUCCAAGAGACUGCGGCCAGAUAACCCAGACUGUGCAGAGACAGAAGUGGACAGGAACAAGUGCUGUACCUUGUGUAAUAUGUUCUUCACCUCCGCUAUUGUGGCCCAGUCGCACUACCAGGGCAAAACCCACGCCAAAAGAGUCCGCCUGGUGCUGGGGGAGCCGACCAGCCUUCCCACAGCCAUGACCAGCCCGACAAACACAGAUUCCUCCCCUUCCACCCCGCUGCCCACAGACCCCGCUGGGUGCCCUACUCCUACCCCUGACCUGGCUUGGCCCUUGGCAGGGGUCGGCGGAAACGGCGGGAGAGAGGCCGGGAAGUACUGCUGCCUGUGUGGAGCCUGGUUCAACAACCCGCUGAUGGCCCAGCAGCACUACGAGGGCAAGAAACACCGCAGGAACGCAGCCCGAGCGCGCCUCCUGGAGCAGCUAGCGGGCAGUCUGGAUGCCACGGAGAGCACAGGGCUGCGCAGUAGUUACUCUUGCAGUGUCUGCAGUGUGGUCCUCAACUCCAUCGAGCAGUACCAUGCACACCUCCAGGGCUCCAAGCACCAGAACAACCUGAAGCCACACCAGCAGUAAGCCACAGAGAAAGGCCACACUGGAAAGAAGAUAAGACGAUUGACUUCAGAAAAAAAAGGACUUGAGUCAGAAAACCGAAGAGUAUGAGAAAGUAUUGCAGAGUAACUUCAGUGUGUGUGUGUGUGUGUGUAGGUGAGUGUGUGUGUGUGUGUGUGUGUGUGUCUGUGUGUCAUGGGCAACCAUGCACGUAUCUGUAGUAUGCAAGUGUGGGUCACUGUGUGUGUGUGAUUAUUUCUAUCUUUGAUCUAUAAAUAUAUUUCUGAGAUUUAUUCAGCACCUAAGUGAUAUGAGUUCUCAACAGCCGGCCGAAGCGGCUGCAUAUUGCCAUAUAACUCCAGUGUGAACCACAAUCCGAAAACUGAACUGAUGUCAGCGUGUUGCCCAGAGUGGUAAUAAUCAUUAUAAUGAUAGUCAAGCAGUAAUAAUAACUUUGUUACUAGCUGUUCUCCAAGUGCUCUGACAGUGAUCCAAAUAUUGUGUUUUGACAUCGUUUUCAUAUCCAGUAAUAGUGGCACAUGAAGGGAUCACUUUCAUACCACUCGAGACAUACUCAGGCCCAGACCUUUAAACAAGAAAACUCCCAAUGACCUCAGACAUUACAGAUUGCAUGAACUUCCAACUUUAAAAAGUAUUUUCGGUUUGAAUCAUGUGUUAAAAAUGCAGUGGAUUGACAUCACUUCAUUUUGAAAACUAUCCUGUCAUGUAUUCCAUCGAAUCAAAACCUUGAGAUGUGGCAUGGUUAGAGUACAGAAGGCAGCGGAGAAAAGAAAAGCAGCACAAAGCCUUUUAAACUCUUGCUCUGAGUUGAGGGUCUGUGCAACUUUAUGAGUCAUCUAUCGUUGAAAACAUUCCCACGGCACUGAAUACUGAUGUCAGUUGCAUUUAGGAGGUGACGAAGAUUAUCUUCUCUGUUGAGUUGGGCGACAUGUAGAUAAUACUUUUUUUAUUCUAUAGAUGGAAAAGAAGAAAAAAAGCACUCCCAAACCAUGUAGCAGCCAAUGUGCAAUACAACUGGGAUGUAAUUCAAUGCAUGGAAAAUGUAAAACGUUGCAUUCACUUGCCUUUUUGAAACCUGUUGCUUGCACGUUUUGGUAAUAGCGCUGCUUUCUAGUGAUAGCUUCGUCUGCAUUACUGCACAUGCUCACACCUGAGCAAAAAGGUCCACUUUUCAACAUCAAACUCAUUCUCAAGCUAUUAAAACCUUUUGAAACGUAUAAAUUAGACUAGCCACUACUGUUCUGACACCACUCAUUUGUGUGUAUUUUGAGAGUGUGUAAAGAGAGUUUCAACAAUGGUUUGUAGUGUCGUACGAUGAGCUAACAGAUGACGCGCUCCUCUUUCCUAUGCUGACACUGCGCAGCAUUAAUCGAGCUGAGGGCAGGACAAAAAAAAGAAAACAGCACUCAAUGCUAAGCUAUCAGCUGUUUAUUCUCUGUAAACACAUACGAAUGGUUUUAUUUAUUUAUUUUGUGCUUUGUUCAUUUCAUGGCCAGGAGAGUUAAAUACGAGAAACCCGAUGAAAAGAGUGUUUUUCUUCUGCAGACAUAUGUAGGAGUAUUAGUUUUAUGCAAUCACAUUGAAAUAUUAACAACUAUACAAUAAGGGUUUGAAGUUAAAUAAUUUAAUAAAGCAACAACAAAAAAACCUUUGUGUAAAUAAGCAGUAGCUGCAGGUGAAGUUUGUGUUUAAAGACGUACAAGAGUUUUGUAUUCAUAGUGUUCAACUGUACUAAGUUACAGGACAAUAAGGGAAAUGGGUUUCUUAUAGAUGUUAUUGAAAAACAUGAAAUUUGCUGGCACUUAAAUAAGAACGAACUGUCUGUUGGUGGGUCAUGUUUCUGAAAUGAUAACCAUCAGUUUUCAUGAGGACCUUCACAUUCACCACAAAGAUCAUCCCUCGGGGAAUGUGACCCUUUUGCCAGCGGAUUCUCGAAACAGCAGAAAAUAACAAUGCGGGACGACAAACUGUUGGAUUUUACAUGCAUUUAAAAUAACCAACCCCCCUGUUGUUGCUAAUGCUGUAAGAAAAACACAAAAAAAGAAGCCAUUUGGCUUUUUUGAUGUGCAUCAUGAAUAUCUGAUGAUUUGACUCCUUUCUCUCCAGCACUGAUGUUAUCACACCAGACACCGGUCUGUGUGUGUGCUGAUAGCACAGUCUGUGCAGAGGAUGACUGCCAUAAGUCACAUAUUUCACCAGAUGUUACAUUAUAUAUAUAUAUAUAUGACAGAGAUGUAUCUACAUGUAGGGAUUUUGUGAUAUGAUGCUUGCUGGUGUGUCUGAGUAUGUGAAGCUGUCAACUGCACUGGCAGUGGGAGAUUCGUGAGCUGUGUAAACACACCUGAUGAUGUGUAUACAAUGAAGAUGAUCUAUUUUCUCCUGCGAAAAUCCGGAGCUGUUUUUCUUUUUCUGUAUUUGCACCACUGUGUAAAUGUGUGAAGUUUGCUUUUACUGGCAGCAAUAAUCUGUUUCCACACAUCCACAAUGUAAAGCUAUGCAGCAUCAGCCAUACAAUAAUAGAGAUAGAAAUUAUUACAUUUAUGAAUUAAAAUAGACUAUUAAUUACUUGUAGUGUCUCUAUCACUAUCAUACAGCACCACAAGGUAUAUUAACAAGAGUUAUGAGAUGUGGAAUAUAUGAAACAGAAAGCCAAUGAUAUCAAUAAAUAUUUGGUUAUAAAGUGGACCAACAGUACAAAAUGGGAACAACACAGAUAAGUUCGGAAAGUUAGACUUGGCUUCUUGUUCCGCCACCGCCACACAUGGUAGAGAAACACGACAGCAUUUAAUGUGGUUAAUGAAGAACCACGAGGUGCAGAACCUAAAGCUCACAGGGAACAUGGCGGAAGGCAGAAAUGCAACGAAAAAGCAAAGUUGAACAUGGACUUUGUUUACAUGGACAUGUAUAACCCAUUCAUGAGGAUAUUUCUAGUUAUGUGCAUAUUCAGGAUCUGACGUUUUCUUGUGCAAAGACAAUAUGGGUUAUUUCUAACUCUGUAUUACAUAAUAAAAACAAGUAAGAGUGAUUGAAACUGAUUACUGCGUUACACUAUGUAAAGAAUAUAUAUUAUAGUUUAGCAUAGCUUAGUAUUGUUUGCAUAUAGAUUAUGUGUAAGAUGGAAAACACUGAAUGGAAGUUAAAAUCUCCAGUUGAGCACUCUGGUGUCUGACUGAUCUAAAGAAAGAUAACAGUGACGCUUGGUGAGGUUCUGUUAGCCCCCCUCCUCCGCAUCCACACAUUCCGGAGGUGAUCACAUACAAAGAGCUCUCUAUACUCUCAGAGCAUAGGAAGGGUCCAGAUGUGGCCAUUAUUCUCCUUUUAGACACUCGAGGUCACUCACUUUCCCCCCCCUUCACCUAUCCCCCUCACAUGCUCACACACUCACACAUGGGAAGAAGCCCCCGGUGUGUGGACGGCCUUCGGAGAAGAUCCAGGCCCCAUUCCUGAAGAGAUAAGGCCCGAAGGAAGUCUUCUUACAAGAGAGGGACUAUUAAAUCAACUAUCUCCUCUUCCCCCACCUUUUCACAACAUGUGCACUCAUUGGCAGACGAGAAGAACCAAUGAAGGAGCAACAACGGCGGAAGCAGAGAAACAAGAGCCAAUGAGAAAACCCCACCCCCUUAUCUCCUGACGAAUCAGAACUGUUCCGUUCGGUUAUUUAAAAUGGCCGAACACUCUGAACCGGCGUCCUUUCUCCAGCGCUGAGGCCAUCGGUCAGAGCUCUGGAGGGGGGUCCAUGCAUGAUGUCUACUUGUAUCCUGAUUUCUGAAUAAAACGCUUAUAGAUGUAA